CUCUCCUUCCUUCUUUCCCUCUCUAUUUAAACUCGCGUGCGGAGGCUUCAACUUACGUCAAUUUUGUGUCCUGCAUCAGUUGGAUCAGGUUCGGGCUUGGGACUGUAGAGGAGUUUAACAUGGCUGAGACAGUUGUCCUCAAAGUCGGCAUGUCCUGCGAAGGUUGCGUUGGUGCCGUCAAGAGGGUACUAUCAAAGUUGGAAGGUGUUGAAUCAUUUGAUGUUGAUUUGAAGGAACAGAAAGUAACUGUGAAGGGCAAUGUGAAACCUGAAGCGGUUCUGCAAACUGUUUCCAAAACUGGAAAGAAGACUUCAUUCUGGGAAGCAGAAUCAGAAUCAAAGGAAGCUGCUUUUAAUACAGCAGCUACUGCAACCGCAUGAUUACAUCACCUUCCAACCGGUUGCCUUAUAUGAAAUAAAGGUCGGUGAAGCCUGAAUUUCUCUUACAGGGUUUCAGGUAUUGUUG